UGGGGCAUUUCGCAGACUCAGUGAGGCACAGAAGAAGGGGGGAGGAGAGACGAGGGGCAAUUUUGGUAGGGUUUUGAAGAAUUGAAGAGCACGAUGGCGAUUCCUGUCAACGGAUCCGCUGCUGGGUCUUCGUCGCCUGGUCUCGGAGCGAUCCGCACCGCCAUCCGCUCUCUCCAAUUUUCUCAGCUUGCGGAUCUUCUGGACAAUUUGGAGCUUGAGAUUGCAGCUUCCGGAGCAUCGAAACCCGAAGACUGGCCUUAUGCUGUGCACGUUCUUUCCCAUGUUGUGAAUCAUGACUUAAAUAGUGCGAGAUUUGUCUGGAAACGAACUGCUCAGACCAUCAAAGAAAGUAGCCCAGAAUUGGUAGCAGCGUGGAAAAUUGUACAGAACAUGUGGACUCAUGAUCACGCUGGCGUGUACAAAGCCCUAAAAGGUUUUGAUUGGAGCGAACAAGUGCAACCGGUUGCUACUGCAAUUAGCAAUGACUACUCCUCCUGUAUGCUGAGAUUACUUUCCACCGCCUACUCCACUGUGAGCGUUGCUGAUGCGUCUGGCUUCUUAGGAUUGUCGGAGAACGAAACAGUCACUUUCUUAACGCAACAGCAUGGAUGGGUUUUGGAUCCAGCUUCUCAAAUGUUGACAGUGAGGCCCAUGUCCUCUGUGGUCAACAAGAAGGCAGACUCAAGCCAGUUACAAGAUUUGACUGAAUAUGUCUUUCACCUGGAACAUUGAUAGGCACGUUUUAUUCCUAAUUUUGCGUCAUGGUAGGAAAUUGGUCUUAUUGCUCGUCAGACAAGGAAGGAGCGGAAAGCAAUUGCAAAAAGUGGAUAUAUGGAACUCCGCAACAUGUUCGAGUUACAUCAUCUCUACACUCUAUCCACAAUUCCGAACUGUAUGCAAUCUUAUUCCGUAUAUUUUGGGGUUUUAUGCCUGACCGUGACGUUAUGUCAGGCUGGUUGAUGAAAGUGGCUGUGAGGUAUUCUGUUCUAGAAUAACAGGAUAGGAGCAUUCACUGGAGAGAGCCAGAGUUCAAAACAGUUCCCGAAAAUGGUGAUCUCUCACAUGGCGGAUGUUUGCAUCUAGGUGGUCUAUAUCGCAGUUUCUUUUAUGUAAAAACACACUCACCCCAUAAUGAGCCAAUCAGUAGCAGGAA